CGCGGGGCGGCCUCUGCCCCGGCGGGAGCGCGGAGAGCGGCGCAAGCAGCGGCGCUGCAGGCGCGGAGAGAGAGAGGCCCCGGGGGGCCGGCGGGGAGCCGGAGCGGUGCCUGGAUCCAGCCCGGGGAGGCGGCGGCCGCUCACCAUGGCAGACGAUGAGAAGGCCGGCGGGAGUUCCGCGGACGGCGGCGAGAGCGCGCACUGCAACGUGCUGAGCUGGGAGCAAGUGCAGCGUCUGGACCGCAUCCUCAGCGAAACCAUCCCCAUCCACGGCCGCGGUAACUUCCCCACGCUGGCCAUGCAGCCUCGGCAGAUCGUCAAGGUGGUGCGGAGCCGGCUGGAAGAGAAGGGCAUCGGCCUGCGGGACGUGCGGCUGAACGGCUCGGCCGCCAGCCACGUCCUCCACCAGGACAGCGGCCUGGGCUACAAGGACUUGGACCUCAUCUUCUGCGCCGACCUCAAAGGAGAAGCCGAAUUUCAGACUGUGAAGGACGUGGUCUUGGACUGCCUCUUGGAUUUCUUACCCGAGGGGGUGAAUAAGGAGAAGAUCACGCCUCUCACACUCAAGGAGGCUUAUGUACAGAAAAUGGUAAAAGUAUGCAAUGAUUCAGACCGAUGGAGUCUUAUCUCCCUGUCCAACAACAGUGGCAAAAACGUGGAGCUGAAAUUUGUGGACUCUCUGAGGCGGCAGUUUGAAUUCAGUGUCGAUUCCUUUCAAAUCAAGCUGGACUCCCUGCUGCUUUUUUAUGAGUGCUCAGAGAAUCCGAUGACUGAAACUUUUCACCCAACUAUCAUUGGCGAGAGCGUUUAUGGGGAUUUCCAGGAAGCCUUUGAUCACCUCUGCAACAAGAUAAUUGCCACCAGAAACCCAGAAGAAAUCAGAGGAGGUGGUCUUCUGAAGUACUGCAACCUUUUGGUAAGGGGCUUUAGGGCAGCCUCUGAAUCUGAAAUUAAAUCCCUGCAGAGAUACAUGUGUUCGAGGUUUUUCAUUGACUUCUCAGACAUUGGCGAACAGCAGAGAAAGCUGGAGUCCUACUUGCAGAACCACUUUGUGGGAUUAGAAGACCGCAAGUAUGACUAUCUCAUGACCCUGCACGGUGUGGUGAAUGAGAGCACAGUGUGCCUGAUGGGACAUGAGAGGAGACAGACUCUGAAUCUGAUCACCAUGCUGGCCAUCCGGGUCCUAGCCGAGCAAAAUAUCAUCCCCAACGUGGCCAAUGUCACCUGCUAUUACCAGCCAGCCCCAUACGUAGCAGAUGCCAACUUCAGCAAUUACUAUAUUGCCCAGGUUCAGACGGUGUUCCCUUGCCAGCAGCACACAUACUCUACUUGGCUGCCCUGUAAUUAAGACCUGAAGUUAGUAGACCCCGUGGAGAGAACUUUUUCUAAGAUGUAGGAAGGGGCGACGGGUCCCUCUGAAAUGGGGUGUUUUGUGCAAUGAUGAUCUGCUCUAGUUUUCAAGCUUGGGACAAGCUUGUGAUUCUUCUAAUUAUUAAUGGGAGCAUGAUCAAGAAAGAACCCCAAAAUAAUUGGAUCCUACCCCAGAGCACAAGAGGCCUGUCAUUGAAAGCAACCAGCUUCCCCUGAAAUAAGUGAGGGAGGAAUAUGCUUGAUGACAAUAUGGGUUGGCAAUAUCUGCUCCCAUAGCUUUGGCAUAGAGAAGGUGGGAAAGCCUUAUUUUCUUUUAUUUUUAUUCUUACUCUAGAAUGGGAUCUGCAAAAGGGAGAAUAUGAAAGAAACAAAACAAAAAAAAAAACAACAAAAGAAAAAACUUCACAAAAAACAGUUCUAUAUAUAUUCAGGAGUUAAAAGUUAGAGGCAUAAAGCAGAGAUAAGCUGAAUAAAGUUGUAUAUUGGAAUUACUGCAUUUGGGGCUUGCAGCAAGUGCCGUCUAUGGAUUGACCAUGUAGAAUGUAUAGCUUGCUUGACUAGAAUGCUUUACCAGAAACAGCUUGCUCCAAAUGAACAGUAGUGGAUUGGUACAGUUAGAGAAGCAGAAACAUGUACGAUGACAAAGUCCAUUAUUUCCAGCUGUGUGCAUGCCUCACAUUUUAAAAAUGUGAGAAUGCUGGAAAACCAGCUGUGGCAAGAAGUAUAUACUUAAGGACCAAAGAUUUCACAAAAAAGUUAUCCAAGCAAAGAAGAUACAGUAGAGUAUAUAUAUAUAAAUAUAUAUAUAUGUAAAAGGAGAUGUUCCUAUAUUUGUACACACCAAUAGUAAUCAAAAGUGCCUGAUGCCUUCAUAAAAUUUGAAGUGAGAAAAAAUAUAUAGUUUUGUGGUUUAACCAUGCAUUUUGUUUUAUCAGGGACACAAGGAUAAAAAAAAAAGCAAACCAACCCAUAAGCUUGUGAAUAAGUGGUGGAGGAAAUGCCCUAUUUUUUUUCUUGGCAAAUACCUGUAUAGAGUUAAUGUUUUGUCGGUGUGCUAUUAUCCUAGGUCUGUGUGUGUAUGUGUGUAUAUAUGUUUGUGUGUGUAUAUAUGUACAUGUCAUUGGUGUAUAUCUAUAUAUAUACACACACAAUAUAUAUUAAUGUGGUCUAGGAAAAUGUAGCAAUUAAGGAAUGUUUAAAUAAAGUACUACUUGUUUUCCAGUUUGCAACAGGAUGUCAUAGGACAGUGGGCACCUUGCAGUGAAAUUUUAACCCACACCUGAGAAAUUUGGAGUAAAUGAACCAGUCAGGAUUAAGGUGGGAUUCAGAUAAUGUCUUUGGUUGCAAGAACAAGGAUUACAGUAAUUCAGUGGGUUGCUUGUGAGCCAUAAUAAUUCCACAGAUGGAGAAACAUAUGACUAGCUGAUUUUUUUUAACUGUUUUGUACUGUAAUGCCAUUUUGACAUUUAACCCACUAAUAUUGUGACUGCAUACCUCCAUGAUGUGUAAUUUCAGUGGAACGUGGAUCAAAGAUAGGUUUAUUUAAAACCCCUGACAGCUAAAGAAUAUUGUAUUAGUUGGUAAUUUGAACACUAAUUGUUAAUAUUUAAAGGAGUAUUUUUAAUAGAAUGCAUUAUGCAUUCCAGGACCACUAGAAUUUAGUAAAUGUGAA